CGCCAUCUGCAAGUGUCCACCAUGUCCCCGUCCCAAACAGCCUCUUUCUACGUCGUCGGCGGCCUGGCUGGUCUCGCUGCCUCCUACUACGGCAUCCGCUCCUGGGCUGCUGGAGGCAAGGCCAGCAAGCGCGACCUCGCCAAGUCGCUCAGCGGCCGCAACGUCGUCAUUACCGGCGCCAAUACCGGUAUCGGAUACGAGACGGCGCUCCAACUGGCCAAGCAAGGUGCCAGUGUCUAUGUGGCCUGCCGCCCUUCGCAAAAGACCGACAAUGCCGUCCAGAAGCUGAAGCAGCAGUCCGGCAACACCAACAUCUUUGCCGAACCCCUCGAUCUUUCCAGUCUGCAGACUGUCCGCGACUUUGCCCAGCGCUGGGAGAAGCAUGGCAAACCCAUCCAUAUCCUGAUCAACAACGCUGGUAUCAUGGCGCUGCCCGAGAAGAACCUCACCGUCGAUGGCAACGAGGCGCAGAUCGGCACCAACCACCUGGGUCACUUCUUGUUCACCGAGCUCCUCCUGCCCUAUGUCAAGAAGGGUGCUGAGGGCACCAGCGCUGCCCGCAUCGUCAACCUCAGCUCUGUCGCUCACACUCAAGGCUUCAUCGUCCCCGAAGAUCUGAACUACGAAAAGCGCGAGUAUUCGCCCUGGCAAGUCUACGGCCAGUCCAAGCUGGCCAACAUUGUCUACGCCCAGUACUUGGCAAAGCAGCUCAAGGGCUCCAACAUCACUGUCAACGCCGUCCAUCCUGGUGUGGUGAACACAGAGCUCACCCGAUACAUUGAUACGGGUAUCUUGAAGGUACUGCUCAGCGUCGGCACGAUCCUCAUGAAGACCCCUUGGGAAGGUGCUCAGACGACCCUCCAUGUUGCGCUUUCGGAUGAGUGCGAGAAGGUCACUGGCGAGUACUUCCACGACUGCAAAAUCCGCAAGCCCGUCCCUCGUGAUGGACAGAUCCUGGACGACAAGCUCCAGGCUGACUUUAUCCAGCACAGCCGCCGUCUUGUCGGUCUCUAAGCUUUCUAUCGCCCAUCGCCCAAUAUUCUCUUUGGGACUUUGCCCAGUCUAUCGCGCCUUGCUCUUCGCUGUUCCCCACCCCACCCCCAUCCUCUUCGUUCCCCCUUGAACU